UUUUCGGGUUUGUUUCAUUUUUUAUAGUUUGUUGCUUGUUAAUAAAUAAACAAUUAACAUAGCAACCAAAAUCGACGCAAGGCGUGUGAGAAUGAAUGCGCAGUUCCAUACACCAUCAUUUGGAGACGAGAUAAUAUUCGAUUUGCCAGACAACGAGACAGAUUGCGCCACUAUAAGUAAAGUUCAAGGUGGUGCAGAAAUUUACGCCCCCAGUAGCGUGAUAAAUCAACAACGUCAGGAAGAAGGAUUAAUUCAACAACAGCAUUUUAAUACAAAGAGAAUUCGUAGCAUGGACGUGUCUCUGGAUGAGUACCAUAGCGCCAAUGAUGAAUCCUUCGCGAAUACCGCGUAUGCUGUAUCGCCAACGAAGAACGCACAAAACACACCAACAGCAACACUAGCUGCACGCAAGCAAUUAGCGCCAACAGCUACGGAUGCCAAUGAGCCCGCUAAACCGCUGUCAGCAUACGGACUAUUCUUUCGCGAUACUGUUAGCGCAAUAAAACAACAAAAUCCCAACUGUACUUUUCAAGAGUUGUCGCGCAUCGUCUCAUCUAUGUGGGAGGCACUAGAUGUGAGCCAUAAAAAUGUUUAUAGCAAAAAACAUGAAGCAGCGCAGGCGGAAUAUAUGAAACAAAUGCGCAUAUAUCGUGAACAACAGGAUGAACAACAGCAACAAUUAGCAAAUAAUGUUGCUAAUACUACACCGACGCCUGCUCUACAAACCAAACCGGCUGUUUUCACAAUAUCUCGUUACAACACAGACGGCAGCAUUAACAAUAACAUCGCCAAUAAUGUUGCCAGCAACAGUGAAACAAACGUAAGCGCCGCACAGGUGCAGGCGGCAGCGCCUCCUGCGGAAGUAAACAGUGCAGCGAACGAACCACCGCAGCCACAAAUUCAAAUGCUCAGUGAAGCGGGUGCUGUGCAGAAAUGCACACGAGAAAAUUGCAAUAAGCGCGCCAUCAUCAAUCCCGAUUGGGAGGAUGAAUAUUGCAGCAAUGAGUGCGUCGUCAUACACUGCCGCAAUGUGUUCAACGCCUGGGUGCAAUCGAAUCUGGAGUCACGCAAGCAAUAACAGCGGGCUUAUUGUAGUGGCGGCAGUGUGCGAAAGUAAGACUCUUUCUUUCAGAAACCAUUAACAAAUAAUGGUAGUAUGGAGCGUCUCAAGUGAAAAGUGAAGCUUAGUGAAAGGAGAGCAACAUAAAACACUUAGUCUGGAAAACAUUUUGCAGUAACUUAAUGCGCACCAUUCAACUGCUGUAGACAUUUCAAAGCUUCCUAGUCCCAGACAGUGCUAUCACCUUGAAGUUUGACUAUUUUAUUAUUUAUAUUAAAACUGUAAGAUAUGUUUUCGAAAAGUAAUUUCGAAUUAUUUUAUUGUUCCAAACUUUUCAUCAAAGUAAUUUCGGAUUAUUUUACUGUCCUAAACUUUCCAUCAAAUCUUAUUAUAUUGACUUAUCUGUAAGCUAGCUAUAAGUUUAGCGUUUUAUUUAGAGACUGCGUGUCUAAAGGCAUUUUGUGGAAACACAACGCAAAACUUGAGUUCUAAUUAUUAUUUAUUUUUAACUGAAAUUGAUGAGAGGUUAGUUUGAAGCAAAAUAGUGAGAUUUUAACAAAAAGUGUUCAAGGCUCAGUUUGAGGAAAAAUAGUGAGAGUAGAGAAUUUGCAGUUCCUUUGCGGAAUCUUGAAAAAGUACACGUAAGAGCAACAGGUGUGCAAAACGUGUCGAAUAUAAAUAAUUAUCUAAUAAAACACUAUAUAAAUACUAA